AUGCCGGAUCACGGACGUAUGCCCAGAAACUUGUCGUCGAAUAAGAUAGCCAAAACUAUCGCCGGCGAGGACCUCGAUGAGGAGGAGGUGCUGGAAAUGGACGCGGGACGAAGCGCCCGCGAAGAAGGACGAUUUGUGUUCGAAUGCGCGUGGGAGGUGGCUAAUAAGGUCGGUGGAAUCUACACUGUUCUCCGAAGCAAAGCGCAAAUCAGUACGGAAGAGCUGGGCGAUCAAUAUUGUAUGUUCGGACCGAUGAAAGACGGUAAAUGGCGUCUCGAAGUGGAUCCAAUCGAACCGGAGAAUCGAACGAUUCGCGCUGCGAUGAAGCGAUUCCAGGCUGACGGAUUCCGGUGUAUGUACGGUCGUUGGCUGAUCGAGGGCUAUCCGAAAGUGAUUCUAUUCGAUUUGGGAUCAGGAGCCGUCAAGAUGAACGAAUGGAAGCACGAGCUGUUUGAGAAGUGCAAAAUUGGAAUCCCUCAUGAGGAUAUCGAGUCGAACGACGCGGUUAUUCUGGGAUUUAUGGUCGCCAUCUUUCUGAAACAUUUCCGUGAAUCCGUCACCAGUUACACGCCACUCGUCGUCGCUCACUUCCACGAGUGGCAAGCGGGAGUGGGUCUUCUGAUGACUCGGUUGUGGAAGUUGGACAUUGCUACGGUUUAUACGACGCACGCGACACUUUUAGGACGACAUUUGUGUGCGGGCGGUGCGGAUUUGUAUAAUAAUUUGGAUGCGUUCGAUUUGGAUGCGGAGGCCGGGAAGAGAAAGAUCUACCACCAAUACUGUCUGGAACGUGCCGCAUGCCAAACCGCUCACAUCUUCACCACCGUCUCCGAGAUCACGGGUCUCGAAGCCGAGCAUUUCCUGUGCCGAAAGCCCGAUAUUCUCACGCCGAACGGUCUCAACGUCAUCAAGUUCGCCGCUCUCCACGAGUUCCAGAAUCUGCACGCUCAGAACAAGGAGAAGAUCAAUCAGUUCAUUCGCGGUCAUUUCCACGGUCAUUUGGAUUUCGAUUUGGACAAAACCCUCUACUUUUUCACCGCCGGCCGUUACGAAUUCUCGAAUAAAGGCGGUGACAUGUUCAUCGAAUCGCUGGCACGUCUGAAUCACUAUCUGAAGACUACCAACGAUCCACGUCAUAUGGGGGUUACGGUAGUCGCGUUUUUGAUCUACCCGGCGCCUGCGAACUCGUUCAACGUGGAAUCCUUAAAGGGACAGGCGGUGACAAAGCAGUUGAAGGAAGCGGUCGACCGGAUCAAGGAGAAGGUCGGAGCGAGAAUAUUCGAUAUCUGUCUGCAAGGACACCUUCCUGAGCCAGAGGAAUUGAUGUCACCUGCAGAUAAUAUUCUGCUGAAACGCUGUAUUAUGGCACUCCAUAAUUCCAGCCUCCCACCAAUCUGCACGCAUAACAUGAUUCGAGCGGACGACCCGGUGCUCGAAUCGCUCCGACGAACCGCUCUAUUCAAUAAGCCAGAGGACCGAGUGAAAGUGGUCUUCCACCCGGAAUUCCUGUCCUCCGUCUCACCGCUUAUCGGCCUCGACUAUGAGGAUUUCGUCCGCGGGUGCCAUCUCGGAGUGUUCCCGUCGUACUACGAGCCGUGGGGUUACACACCCGCCGAGUGUACUGUCAUGGGAAUCCCGUCGGUGUCGACGAACCUCUCGGGUUUCGGAUGUUUCAUGCAGGAACACGUCGAAGAUCACGAGUCGAAGGGAAUCUAUGUAAUUGAUCGGAGACAUAAGAGUGCCGAGGAGUCGGUGCAGGAGUUGGCGAACACGAUGUACGAUUUUUGUGGACAGUCGCGUCGGCAGCGUAUCAUUUUGCGUAACGCGAACGAGGGACUCUCGGCGCUGUUGGAUUGGCAGAAUUUGGGAGUUUUCUAUCGUGACUGCCGCCGUCUCGCCCUGGAACGUCUCCACCCGGAUGUCGAGAAGAUCAUGCGUGAGAACGAAGGAAAAGUGCCGUCCGCCGCCACAUCUCGCCGCCCAUCAAUCCACUCGAGUGAUGGUGAAGACGAGGAGUAG